CUCGGUCCUGCCGCGGCGGCCAGACGGGACCGGGUCAGGCCCGGAGGAGCCGGCUGAUCGCCGAGGGAUGAUGUCUGAAACACACAAGCACACGGACGUGGGGGGGAGCGAGGACGUGAUCUUCGAGGAGGAGGAUGGGACCUCGACCGGCGUCUCCACGGUGCAGGAGGAAGAGGAUGAAUCGGAAGCAACCUCGGUGUCAUCUGGAGAGAGCCGGCCAUCCACGCCCUCUGCCAACGGGUACCCAGGUCCCAGGAGCAAGGAGCUCAGGUCGGCAGUAUCGGAGCCCCAGCAGGAGGUGGCGGCAGAGGAGGGGGAUGCCGGCCAGGGUCGCUUGGGCUCCCCGCAGGCCCCCAGCCCCGAGUGGCAUGAAUGCCCCGAGUGUGGGCGCGGCUUUGGCACCUCACGGGCCUUGAAGGUCCAUCGCAGCUACCAUGUGGGCCGGAAGCGGCCGCACACCUCCUCCUCCAAGCCGCCCCCGCCCCGGCCGGCCCCACCCUCUGCCGGGGACCCAGAGGGCCGCGACACCAGGCCUGUGCCCCCCUCGCCCCGAGCCGGAGCCUUCCACUACAUCUGCGCUGAAUGUGGCCUGGGCUUCGCCUCGCCUGCCUCCCUGGAGGCUCACCGCUGUGAACAUGGCUGGCGCCGCAGCCCCCCGGCCCCGCCCCGCAACAAGGGGCCCCCCGCCCCGCCCCGCGAGGCCAAUGGCGCCCGGGACGCCGAGGGAGCGGACGGACCUUACCACUGUACCGAGUGCCCGGGCGAGUUUGGCUUGGUGGCAGAUCUGCAUGAGCACUACAUGCUGCAUGCCCGAGGGGAGCUGUAG